CGAAGAAACGAGUCUCCGAACCAGAGCUGUCGAACGACGAGCUAGCGCCAAAGCGAACACAAAGGCCCAGACGAACCAGGAGUCCGCGCUCGGAAUCGAAUCGAAUCGAAACGGAGGCAACCAAAGAGAGAAAAGAGACGCAUCCCGGAUCCCCCGAUCGCAAAACAAUGCCAACUUUGACCACCGCGCCCGCAUCCGCAUCCCCCGGCGGCGGGGAGAGGGACAACGAGAGCGAAACCGAAAAGGCGGGAAGCCCCUGCCCCCCGUGGUGCAUCUUUGUCAAGACCGUCGGCAGGGGCUUUGAGCGCCGCGGGGAUCCGGAAGCGGAACCCUCUUCCGGGAGCGGCCUUCCCCCGGCGGCGGCGCUCUCCUUCUCCGUCCGGGUCCGCCCGGACGACAAGGUCGACUCGCUGCACGACGAAAUCGAGGGCGUCACCGGGGUGGGGGCCUCCCAGCAGAGGCUCAUCUACCGGGGCCGGCUCAUCGGAGCGACGGACGUGGGGGCCGCUGCGAACAGCAGCAGCAACAGCAACAACACUGCAAAUGCCUGGGAACGCGGGGCGGAACCCCCGGGGGUCGGAGAUCCCCCGAAAGACCGCAAGGCCUCCCCGCCCCCCGGCGACAAGACCAGCACCGACGAAGAAAAGGAAUACAGGAUAAAGGACAUUGUGGGCCUCUGCGACGGACAAACCAUCCACCUCGUCCGGAAACGGGACGAUGCGAGCGCAACCGCAAAGGCAGCCGCGGAUCCGACGGCGAGUCCGAGUGGCGCAGAAACCGCUGGUCGGGAGAACGAGAACGAGAACGAAAACGAAACAAGCAACGAAAACGAAAACGAAACCAGUGGCGGCGCCGAUGCGGGCAUCGAUUCCAACGGAGGCAGCGCCACCACCACCAACGCGGAGAGCGAUCGUUCCGGAAGCGGGGGAGCCCUGCUGGCCGCCCUUUUGGGCCUGGGCAGCCUCGCAGAGGGAGCCGGAAGUCCCGUCGGGUUGGGUGGCCCCGAGGCCCUGGCCACGAGCCGAGCCAGCAGCGCCUCGAACACGCCCACCAACAGCAACAACAACGGCACCGGUGCCACCCGGGGCUCGCCGUGGAGGUCCUCUCCCCGGGGAGCCAACCGCGAGGCCUCUGUCGGCGGCUCCCUUUCGCCCCGCCACGUCCGCCGACCAACCUACAGGCUUGCGGCCGAGGACCUGGAGGUCGCCGAUCCCGGGCCCAUGGAAUCCGUCCGGCAGGGCCUCAUGACCUUCCGCACCAUUCUGGACUCGCAGCCGGCGCUCGGGGCCGGCGGGGAGAGGGCCACCGGAAGCGCGGGUGCAAGCGCAAACGCAAGCGCAACCGCAAAUUCAAAUUCAAACGCAAGCGCAACCGCCCACCCGCUGCAAACCAACCGCGAGUGGUUCCGGGGCCAGUGGCUCGACGCGAGGGACACGGUCAACCAGUGGCUCGAGGCCACCGUGGUGGACGUCGUCGAUCCGGAAGACGUCCUCGGGGACGCCUCGGCCCUGCACACCCACACCCCGCCCUGCGUCCACACCAGGAGGUACGGGACCACCGAGCAAAACCCGCCCCGCCAGCGGAGGGUCCCCAACGUCGACAACGACCUCGCCAUCAGCGCCAACGACCUGGAGGGCCGCCUCCGGUUGCUGGUGGAGGAAUGCGAACCCGGGGACCCGGGGGAGAUCGCCCCUUCGCAAUCGGUGGGGAUGGACUCCUUCUCCGGCCGGUCCUUCCGGCCCCGGUCCACCAACGAGGGCGUCUCGCUCCUCCUCAUCCACUACAACGGGUGGCCCCACCGGUGGGACGAAUGGAUACGGAGCGACUCGGAGCGCCUGCGGCCCUUUCGGACCCGGACCCGCCACCCGACCAUGGUGCGUCUUUUUUUUUUGGCUAGUCCCGUCUCGUCUCGUGUUGCCUCGUUUUGUUGCCGCAAAAGCUCACUUUGUUUGUUGUUUUGUUUUAUUUUGUUUCUAUUUCGUUUUCGUUUUCGUGUUCAGUCCGCUCUGGCAUCCCCGACACCGCAAUCGAUUCUCAACGAGGCACCCAGAACGAAUAUUGUUCCGGACGGUGGCGAGGAAGACGACCGCCUGGCGGUGUUGCCGGAGCUCGGCCUUGCACUUUCGAGGGUGAGCAGUGUGGUGGAAAGCCUGGCAAGCCGGGAACACCAAUUCCAACAGCGACAAUUAAGACGGCAACGAAACGGUGGCGGCGUCGACCACGAAUGCGACAACGACAGCGACAGCGACAGCAACAGCAAAAACGACAACGACAACGAGCUGGAGGACCUUCGCCCGGCGUCAAGCCAUACAAGCACCGGUACAAAAACGAACGGAAACCGCUGCCGGAGAACCAAGGAUGGCCUGCCGUGGAUUGCUAGGGAUUCGGACUCUGUGCAAAAUGGUGGGGACUCGGAAGACAGCGAACACGAUCGUUCGAUCGCCACCAGCAGCUACGGCGAUGGCACGUCCGAACCGCAGCCCAGUAGCCUAGACGUACUGCCGGACUAUGACAUCCGAAACGAGUUCGAACCGGCCACCCCGGGCAACGACACCGGCGACGACGAUGCCGGCGACGAAGCAGCAGGUAUUGCCAACGACACCACCACCACCACCACUACCACCUACACCCAGGCAGAGCUCCGGCAGCUCGCGACGCUUUUUGAUCGUUUGGGAAGAACCCUGACCGAUGCCGCGCCCCACAUUGCGUCUCUGGCGGCAUCGCUCCCACCGGAGGGAGUCGAAAACGGCCAGGGCAGCAACAGCAGCAGCAACAACAACACGAACAGCGAGGAGUCCACGGAGGAUGCCCCGGAAGAGCCGAGCGUCCCGGGCAACGAAGCCUCCGCGGCCCCGCUCGGUGGCCUCCUAUCGAUGUGGUCCCGCGAACGCGAGCGCCGGCGGCGGAGCCUCGACCGCGACCAAAUCACCGCAAGCACGCGGUCCGCGACGCUCCUGGAACCGAUCGACCCCGACCACACGGACUUUGCCAGCGGGGUCGUCAACACCACCCGCGGGGAGGUCCGCAGCGGGCCCCGGAGCCGGGCGUCCCACCAGGAAGACCUCGGCAGCCUCCUCGGAACCUACCUGACCGCGGCCAGCCUCGGCAGCGCCGGAUCGUCUUCCGGCGACCAAAACGGCGACAGCGGUUCCGGCUUUGCCAGGAUCUUGCAGCGCGGGUCGACCGUUGGAUCCGGCGACAGCGGCAUCGAUAUCCACAUCCACGCCAUUGUCACGGCACCCKGGAUGUCGCCCGGUGGGAUGGGCAUUGCCACCCUCGGCGGUGGCGGCGGAGCGUCGCCACCCACCAUGGCCACCACCCUCGGGGGCCUCUCGAGGAACAUUUUCUCCUCGAGCCUCGGCCGCGGCGGGACCACGGCACCAACGGCGGUGGCGGCGGCGUCGACCUCGCUGUCCUCGGGCAUCGUGGAACCCGGGGAAGAAGAGGACCACUCGGACCUCUUCUCCGAGCUGUACUCGGAGACCCCGACCCCCGUCGAUCCGAACGGCGCCCGGGCGCUGGGGGAGGCCGGGGACGCCGGAAGCAGCCCGGCACCUUCCACCCCGCCCGGGGACGGGGGGGUUCAAGAAUCCCCCCCUCCCGCAGAGGGAAGCAGCACGAGCGGCCGGUCCCCCCGCUCCUCCUCCGAGCGCCGGUCGGGCGUCUUUCGCCUCUUUCGGAGGCGCAGCAGCCGCGGCUAGGAGCAAAGCUACACUUGCGGGUCCGACCCCGCAACGUU